AUGGUUGAAACGUCAUCGUCACCCGCCUCCUCUCCAGCGCCAGACGCCGCCUCUCCCUCGUCGAUCGCGAACCACCCCGCCUUGCCGCCGUUGACAACAUCUACGCCCUCGCGCCGGAGCACUCUGCCACGACCCAUGUCACACGCCUCGAGACAUCGACUGUCGCAAUACUCUGCGAGCUCUGUCCCUUCCAGAUCGCGGCCGCAGUCGCACAUGUUCCCCAUGUUUCCCUCGAGCCUCCCGUACACCCAGGUGCGCGACUUCGCGUAUCCUGCCUCCCACCCGCUGCACUAUGGGCCGCCCCCGGAGCCUUCUGGGCCUCCUUCCGGGCUGACCACGCCCGCGAGUGAGACCCGGAGACUAUCUGAUCCCCCGGCGUCGUGGGAGCAGAAGAUGCCGUGGGACUCAUGGACCGCAGAUGGUUUCAACCGCGGUCACGACAUCCCGCCCAUCCAGUUCGGCGAUGGCCCACCUUAUAGCGAAGACGAGGACCUGCAGAGCCCCGUCGUCGCGACCCGUCACCGGAAGCACAAGUCGACAUCGGCAACCAUGAGCGCGGGAAGGGGCCGCACCAGCCGCGACAUCGAUGCACCUGGUUCAAGCAUUAUGAAUCAUUCCAACUACGACAGAGAGAGGGGAUACUACGUGGGUACGGCUGGAGACGGCAGCGAGAGGUACUACGUCAACCAAGGGGGCGAGGCCAACGGCCCGGGAGGCGAGUUUGUCACGUACCCCGCGGACCAGGCGAGACACAGCCGUGCGUACCAUUACCCGCAGCGGAUCAACGAGAACGAGCUGUAUGGUUCGGAGGAUUCUGACUCGUUGUCAUCCCCAGGAUACAAUGAGACGGACGAGUCACGGUACUCGAGAGACUACCAGUUCACCAUCACGUCGCCAGACGAAGAAUUCCAUGGCAAAGCGGUGGCCCUCUUCGACUUUGAGCGGGAAAACGAAAACGAGCUGCCCCUGGUCGAAGGCCAGAUUAUCUGGGUUUCGUAUCGCCACGGCCAGGGUUGGUUGGUGGCGGAAGAUCCCAAGACCCAGGAGAGUGGGCUGGUGCCAGAGGAGUACGUGCGGUUACUCAGAGAUAUCGAGGGUGGGAUGAACAGUCUUACGGGCCAAAUCGGAGACGGCUCGGGCUCUCCCAACGAAGCCGGUACGCCGACCCAGGCUGAGCACGGCGGCCCCGAGGGCCACCACCACAGUUCGAGUAAUCCGACCAAUGGCUAUCAUCAACCGGUAGUGUCCAUGUUCUCGACCUCUAGCAAGGACUUGAACCCCUAUCCUACGGAGCAGUUGGGCAUUCAAGCCGGCCAGACGCCGCCUCAGGUCAUCCACUACCACGGACAGAGGGGUGGCAGCCAGGCCAACACGCCCACAAUCUCGCAGCAUACAGACACGACUCUUCUCCGCACGGAGGGCCAGGAUUCCGGCCGAAAGCCUGACACGGAGCCCGGCUCGGCAUCAGAAGGUUCCGACAUCAGGGUUGCCGAGACAGCAGAACACGGCAAGGAGACUGGGCGGUGA